GUGAAAUAUAAGUGCAUAGCGUUGAUAAUUCAGGAGAAAGAGUACAUCAUUUCCCUGCUUCACACGGAUCCUGACUAAAUUAUGGCGACUAUUAACAGCACUUGCAUAUAUGCAUCGGUGCGGAAUGGCGGCGUAUCGCAAAGGCGAUGAGGGGAGGGGGCAGUACAUGUCCUCAGUGGUGUUGAGCGCUUCAAGGUGGACGUUCGUUUUUUCUGCGUUCUUCCUCUAAAUUGCCGGCUUAAACAUUUUUUUUUCGAUCGAUUGUGGAUAAAUAAAAGUGGAAAUUGGAAAAAGAAACGAGACUGAUUUGUUGUGUUGUGUAAAGACGCUUGUGGAGUUAUUUGGGAACGCCAUUAAAUUUUUUAGUCCGCCAUUUUCAGAGUUUUUAGCGUUUCCACAGAAACGUGCAUGUGUACAAUACAUCCACUGCCACGUUAUUCGUAGAGUUUUACAUAAUGAGUGAUCAGGAAAGCCAUAAAUAUCGGUAUCGACUCGUCGAAUUCCUGGGAGAAUUCACUGACGGGAAAAAGAUCAUUGAAAUUGUUGCUGAUGGAUGGGUGAGAAAACGCGAAACCAUGAAAGAUUUAUGUGACUAUCGUCCUAAAAAAGAUUGGCCAAAACUUGAACAAUGGCUGCAAGAAGAGCGCCCCUUCCAAAAUUCAUGGAACAUUUAUGAGAUCGAAAUCCUUGGCAGAGCAGCCACGUUCGAAAAAGCUAAAAAGAAGCUUGAAAGGCUCUAUAAAACUCGUUCAGACGUCGAAACUCAUUCUGAGGUGGACAGUGCCUAUGGACUUGAUAUCACACGAAAACGAGCUGCAAGCAUGCUAAAGACUUCUUAUUCUCUCGAGGAUAUUGAGGAAGAGUCCAUUGUAUCCCCGAAGCGAUCCCGAAAAGAUGCUGAUUCCCUGAGUGACAGAACUCAGGCCCCUAGUGUCUUACAAAGUGAUAUCAGGUCAAUGCAUCCAGUAGAAGCCACGAACAAUGCCACUAAUCAGAUGCAUCCGAAAACCCAUUGCGAAGAUCGUCUGCAACAAUUGAGAAAACAAAACCAAAAUGAUCCUGUAAAAAUGUUUUUUGCUGACUAUCUGGAUGCAUCUUUAGCCCUUCUGUCAUAUAAUUAUAAAGGAGAAUUACGCAAUUUGAGAAGAUGCCAUCAAUUGGACAUGAGUAAUCACACAAGUGAAUUGAAGCAAUCCAUGAAAGCUCCUAUGAUGCCUAUUGGAGAGAAAUUUGUUUUGGUUCGAGACAAAUUGGGGAUGAAAAUUCCACUCGAUACUCUAGAAGAUUUUGAGAAAUGGGAGAAAUUGUUAGAUUUAGACAAUGCUGAGAAUGUCGAGGACGUCACUCAACGUCGAGCUGCUUUAAUGGAGGUCAUGACUGAUGAGACGUCGAGUUCGAAUGACUUUGUGAAGGAUACCAAAACAAUUCUUCCCCUCUUCAUUAAUAAGCCGGUACAACUUCUUUACAGUGGCAUUGGUCGUGCAGCACGUGGAGUUGCAAAGAAGAACUUCAGCAAAAAAAUGAGUUACGCAUGCAUGAGAGACUUUCUCAAAGCCAAAUAUAAGAAGUCAGAGAAGGAAAUGAUGCUAAUAACAACUACCAGUAACUGGUUAGCGGCUGCACUUGAUCGAGAUGGAGGAGCCGCUGAGGGGAAAAGAGCUCGAAACUCUGCAUAACAUCGCUUCAGUAGAACAUCUAUAGUAUUCUAACGUUAUCAUUGAUCAUAUUAUUCUAACAUUUAUAACUGAUUCCAAAAAAUUUUGUAUUUUUCA